AUGGCUUUGCGCCUUUCGCACCUGAUCUCAAUCGAUUUCUCUCACAAUCCUACAGAAUGCAUGUUCAAUGUCACGGUCAGUGAGGGCCGCGGUGUUCUGACGUCCCCCGGCUUCCCUCAUGAGUACCCGAAGAACGCUCACUGUCGUUGGAACAUGGUGGCACAAUACGGCAAUGUCACUCUCCUAGUGAGGAAUUUCUCAGUCGAGUGGAGCAUAGGAUGCGGGUACGACAACUUGUUAAUCUCGGUCGGACCCUCCUCGAAGAAGCUCGGCAGAUUCUGUGGUCGCAUGCUUCUCGAAGGAGAUGUCAUCAGAACCAAUUCGUCAGUGGCGAUUCUCGAGUUCGCAUCCGACUCGAACAUCAAUGAUAUUGGCUUCAGAUUCGAAUAUUUUAGCGACGACGCGAGGAACCUCGCGAAGGGAACAUCUUGUAAGACCGUCCUGACGGACGAGCAUGGCACUUUCUCGUCUCCCGGUUACCCAACCGGGUACGGACCGAACGAGCAUUGCGAAACAAUCAUUUCGGUUUCGACCGGUGAUAUAAUUUUUCUGAAUUUUGAGGAUAUAUCGCUGGAGACGAGUAUUGAUUGCGACAGCGAUUAUGUCGAAGUAUUCGACGGACCCACAGCUGAUUUUCCCAGCCUCGGGCGUUGGUGCAGCAAGUCUAGAGUUAGAGGAAUUACGAGUUCGACCAACAACGUGCUUGUCGUCUUUCAUUCUGAUGACAUUUUCCAAGACAGCGGGUUCAAUGCAACCUUUGAAUCUUCGAGACCCGAGCUUCACGUCGACGCCCGCGGUACUUGUGUCGUCAGUCAGACAGCUUUGAACGGCACUAUCACGUCUCCGAACUGGCCGAAGAAAUACCCAGCUAAUCAAGAAUGUGUCAUCGAGCUGAUCGCUGCUCGGAGACGACGGAUAGAACUGUCUUUCGAAUACUUUCUACUCGAGAAGUCUCCGACAUGUGUCGCAGAUUUCGUCGAAAUAUCGGACAAGAUCGGAGAAAACAGCAAAUCCGAGAGCGGAUGGCAGGUAACUCACCGGCUCUGUGGGGACGGUGUGCCGAAAAAAGUCGUAGAAUCCUCAUCGAACGGACUGCGGAUUGUGUUCGUCAGCGACGGCUUCAGCGAAGUGAGAGGUUUCAAGAUACUCUUCAAGAUGAUGACACCGGCAGUAGAGAAAGUUUCAGAGCAAACGAACAUGUUACCCACGCCAUUGUUGGCGCCAUCCGAGAUGUUUGUCCGGCCCUUCGAGAGCGGAGCGAUCAUCGUUCCGAUCGGGGAAGAUUACGCGUUACAGUGUAGUCCGAAGAAUAUAAACUCAAGAGUUACAUGGUAUAAAGACGGCUUACGCUUGGAAGUUGGUAAUGAGAGCCUUCCGAUAGAAUUUCCAUCGGACCACGUACUGUUCAUCAGAAAAGCGACCAGGGCGAUCGCCGGCGAGUACCGCUGUGACGUCGCGCUCCAGAACAAGAGGAGUGAGAUGAGGAUCUCCGUGGAAGUUCACAACCGAACAGUCGGGAACCCGUGCAAUAUAACAGUUCGACCGCUGUCCGAUGUAGAGUGCUAUUCGGGCGAGAGUCCUUAUUUCCUAUGUCAAGCGCGCUCUCGGACGCUGAAGAGGUCUCCACUGUCUUACGAAUGGCUCCGGAAUUUCCAGUCGAUACGGAAUACUUCCAGAAUCAAGACAACGGUCGGACGUGAGUCGGGAAUCGCACUCUCUCUCUUUCCAGACGGAAUCUACAUCAGCGACGCGUCAUGGACCGACAGUGGUGUUUACACUUGCGUCGUGACCGAUAAAUUAAGCCGUUGCUCGAUGAAGACGUCAGCUCUCCUCAGAGUGAGGCCGAAGGACGACAUGAAUGAAGUGUGCGGGAGACCCAAAUAUGUUCCCUCGGCUGGCACAAAGAGCCACAGUGUGGACGGCAAAAUCAUCGCUGGAACCACGGCUCGAAUCGGGAGCCACCCAUGGAUGGCGAUGUUUUAUUCGCCGAAGAAGAAGGCUUUCUGCGGGGGAUCUCUCCUGAAUCAUCAAUGGGUGCUCACCGCCGCUCAUUGCAUCGUCAACUUCGAUGAAGGCAUCGAGAACGUCAGCGUCAUCCUAGGAAAGCACGAUCAGCUUACCGCUGAGGAGAACGAAGUCUCCGAUAGGGUUGAGAAAUACAUAAUCCAUCCAAAUUUCGAUCCAGCGACUUACGACAGUGAUCUUGCACUUGUGAAACUGCGAUCGAAACUGCACUUCACGGAUUACAUUGGCCCGAUCUGCCUCGGCGACACGGACCUCAUCAGGAAAACAUUCUUCAACUACAAGGAUCUCAGAUAUGGCACGGUAGCGGGCUGGGGAAAACUUUCCGAACGAGGUGGUCAACCCAGAUUCCUACAAGAAAUCAAGUUACCCCUAGUCAAUCCAGAACGAUGCAGAGCCUCGACCACCCACCCUGUGACUGCCAACAUGUUUUGCGCUGGAUACAACCAAGAUAUCAUCGGCGAUGCUUGCAAGGGUGAUUCAGGCGGAAGUUUCACAGCGGAACACGGCGGCCGCUGGUAUGCGCUCGGCGUGGUUUCCUGGGGAGUGGGCUGCGGGAGAGCCGGCAAUUUCGGUUUCUACAUAAAGCUCGACAAUUAUCAUACUUGGAUCAAAGAUCGGACGUCGCGAUGAUGGCCUCCGGACGCCUGGCAGCUCUGCUCGGUGCGAAGCGCUGCUUCCAC